UCUGUGUCCGUCCCGCAGGAUCUGCAGCGGGACAUCGAGCAGCACACGGAGAGCGUGGCGUCGGUGCUGACGCUGUGCGACGUCCUGCUCCACGACGCCGACGCCUGCGGCACGGACUCGGAGAACGACUCCAUCCAGCAGACGACCCGCAGCCUGGACCGCCGCUGGAGGAACAUCUGUGCCAUGUCCAUGGAGAGGAGGAUGAGGAUCGAGGAAACCUGGCGUCUCUGGUGCAAGUUCCUGGACGACUACUCUCGCUUCGAAGGCUGGCUGGCGACCGCAGAGUUCACCGCAGCCGACCCCGACUCGGCCGACGUCCUCUACACCGGCGCCAAGGAGGAGCUCAAGAAGUUCGAGGCGUUCCAGCGGCAGGUUCACGAGCGCUUGACUCAGCUGGAGCUGGUCAACAAACAGUACCGCCGUCUGGCCCGGGAGAACCGCACCGACGCCGCCAGCAAACUCAAAGUCAUGGUGCACGAGGGGAACCAGCGCUGGGACAGUCUGCAGAGGAGGGUGUCCGCCGUGCUCCGCAGACUCAAGCACUUCACGUCUCAGAGAGAAGACUUCGAGGGGACUCGUGAGGGGAUCCUGGUCUGGCUGACGGAGAUGGACCUCCAGCUCACCAACGUGGAGCAUUUCUCCGAGAGUGACAUCGAGGACAAGAUGAGACAGCUCAACGGCUUCCAGCAGGAAAUCACCCUCAACACCAAUAAAAUCGACGCCCUCAUCGUGUUCGGGGAGAACCUGAUCCAGAAGAGCGCUCCUCUGGACGCCGUGCUGAUCGAGGACGAGCUGGAGGAGCUGCACUCCUACUGCCAGGAGGUGUUCGGACGAGUGGCCCGAUUCCACCACCGCCUGGUCAACAGACGCCCGGUGCUGGAGGAGGAGAGGGAGCUGUCGGACCGGGACACGGACCUGGAAGACUCGAGCGAUCUGACCAACGGGACCUCGUGGAGAGAAACGAGGAAGAAGGAAGAGGAAGUUCCAGCGGCGGGCGGAGUCACAGCGGGACGUCAGGCCAUGUGUCACCUGGUGGCUCCUCCUCUGGAGCGGUCGGGAAGAGAGACGCCAGUCAGCGUGGACUCCAUCCCGCUGGAGUGGGACCACACCGUCGACGUGGGAGGGUCGUCGUCGCACGAGGACGAUGAGGACGCCACCUUCUUCAGCGCUCUGUCAGAUGUGAAGGUCACAGAGAGCGCAGCGUCGUUCGCCAAAGCCACCGUCAGAGCGGCGAACGCAGCCUCGGUCAAGUCGGUGACCGACCCCCCCAGCUGGCACCAGCCCCGCUCCCCAGAGAGGAAACGAGUUCCCCGAGAAAUCCUCCGAGGCCUGAACCCGUCCCCCACGCCCACCAGCAGCACCCCCUUCCACCCGCAGGGCUACGUGAAGCUGAUGUCGGAGUGCAGCGGCAGCAUCGACUGCGUGAAGAGGGUGAAGCUGAUCCUGAACGACGAGGAGGAGGAGCUGGAGGAGGCGGGUCUGACGGGCGGCGUGGCCGACAAACACACCAGCACAGGUGUGAUCGAGCGCUGGGAGCUGCUUCAAGCUCAGAAGCCCAGCAGAGAGACGGACAUCAAGCAGGACCUGGAGCAGUGGCAGAAGCUGAACUCUGACCUCCGUGACGUCACUUCCUGGUUGGGCAGGGUGCUGCCAGAGCUGGAGCGGCUGCAGCGCAUCGCCCCGUCCACCAGCAUCCGAGACAUCGAGGUCAACAUCAGGAAACUGAAGGAGAUGCAGAGGAGCUUCAACAGCUACAAGUGUCCGAUGAUCUCCGUCAACCUGAACAGCCGUCACUUCCUGCGCGGCGACAGCGCCGAGCUGCGGGAGCUGCAGGAAGCUCUGAGCGCUGCCAACCUCAGCUGGACGCAGGCGUGCGGCGGCCUGGAGAGCUGGGAGAGGAGGCUGCACGCCGCUCUCAUGCAGUGUCAGGAGUUCCAGGAGACGCUGCACUCUCUGUUGUUGUGGUUGUCUCAGGCCGAGAACAGACUCUACGCCGUAAACGUCAGCGACCUGGCGACCUCUCGCUCCGAGCUGCUGCGGCGCAGAGACGCGCUGAUGGAUCUGCAGGAGGAACUGCGCGGCCGUCAGCGGCAGGUGACCUCGCUGCAGGAGAUCUCGGCUCAGCUCCUCCUGGAGGCCACCGGAGACGACAGCGUGGAGGCCAAAGAGAAAGUCCACGUCAUCGGCAACAAGCUGCGGCUGCUGCUGCGACAGGCGGCCGCAGACCUGCAGAUGCUGCAGGGACGACUGUCUCAGGAAACCUGCUCAGCCACUUCUGAGAUGGACACUAUCGGCCUGGGGACGCUCCGCUCCGAUCUGCUGCUGCACAAGGACGACGCUCGGCGACCGGCGGCUACAGUCGGACAAACAGCAGCCAGGAGGGAGGAGCGGAGGGAUUCUUCCCCACACCGACCCUUCUUCUACCGGGUCCUUCGAGCUGCCUUCCCCCUCCACCUGCUCUUCCUGGUGCUGCUGGUUCUGGCCUGUCUGGUGCCGCUGUCCGAGGACGACUACAGCUGCACGCUGUCCAACAACUUCGCCCGCUCCUUCUACCCGAUGCUGCGCUACACCAACGGCCCUCCGCCCACAUGAGCACCGCCACGACGACGGGGGAGGAGUGAAAACAACCAACCACAUUUCAAGGUUGAACUCAGAGACACGUUCCCACAAAAAAAAAAACCACCAGCUUCACGUCUGAACGCCUCAACGUGUUUUUUUAUUUGACUCUAAAUUUUAUCGGUGUAUUUAAAAUCGUAUUUAUUUUCUGUGCAACGCGACAGUUAUUCAAAAAGAAGCCAUAUCGCUGGUCUGUUUUAAAGUAGUGUGGUUUUUAUAUGUAGGUUCACCGGUUAACGUCCCCACUGAACUUCUAACACAGACAAAAAGAAAAAGUUCCGAAGAUUUAUUUUGAUAUUUAUAUUUUCUAUGUCCCCAACAGUCUCAAUGUUUUGAAGGACAGUUGUUACCAAAGCUUCUGAAAACUGAGAAGUUCACUCCGUUUUUCUACCACUGCAGCUAUUUCUACUGUUUUGUCUAGAGAAGGCAGAAACUUGCUGGAAUCACAUUUUUGUACAGAAAUGAAAAGAGGUCGUCAGAUUUAGAUUUAAACACAUCGGACUUUUUAAAAAUCCAAACGAUGUCGGUGACUCUCCUGCACACGUGAGUCUUGUAUAUAACGGCAAACUUCAGAUACAGAAAUAAGGUAAAUUAUUGUUUUGUGUACGAAUGAGUGUUUGAGAUUAAUAUAAAAUUGAAAUAGUUCAAUGCCACAAACAUACGAUG